UAUAAAACAAAAACACUUUUGGGAAAAAAUCGUAUAUAAAGCUAAAAGAAAAUUUGGUUCAGACUCAUUGUCAAUCGGUUUUUGGAGCCGAAAGAGCUCAUAAACCUUUCUUCUUUCUAAGAAUAUAUUUUAUUACUGAACAGUCUGUGCGUUAAUUUUCCUUCAAAACAACAAGUCCAGAACAUUCGUAGGUUUGCCAAAGUGACAAACAGUGCAACAAUACAAAAGUGCUAAGAGAUCGAUAAAACUUACAACAAAGCUUCUAUAUAGCAAAACUAUUUUUUUAAUAUUAUUAAAAAAUAGUUUAAACUAAUUUAAGGACAUUUUUCUGUAUUUUUUUUACGGGAAAUUUUUUUACAUUUUUUAUCGACUCGAUUUCAACGAGCACAGUUUAAAAUCCAAAACCGAACUCAUAGAAUGGUAGAAAGUGAUCUGCAUAAGAACAAGAGUGAUACUGUUAAUGUAGAAGCGGGUCUACAACCAAACUACAACGUCAGUGCCAACAACUCAAUUGAUAAUCGCGCCAUCUUACAGCCAUACUCACUAAAUACUAGUGAGAAAGAUCCUGAAUAUCGUUUUGCAGCAGUCAACGAAGCCUAUGAAGGUGACAACACCACCAACAAUGGCAAGCAUGACGUAGAAAAAGGUAGUAACGCUGUUGUUGCCUCAAAUGGUGGAGGAGGCAAUGGCGGUGGUAAUGGUGGAGGUCGCUCCACAACCGGCAUACGUGCUGGUUUCGAGCAAGCCAUUGAAAUGUGUGGCUAUGGCAAAUUUCACUACAUUUUACUCGGUAUCUGCGGUUUAGUGAGCACCAGCGAGGAAAUGGAUGUUAUAUCCAUGUCUUUCAUCCUACCCUCAGCACAAUGUGAUUUGAACUUGAAUACAUCUUCAAAAGGUUGGCUCAACUCGAUUAUCUUUAUUGGUAUGAUGGUUGGUGCAUAUUUCUGGGGUAGUAUUGCUGAUUCUGUUGGCCGUAAAAAAGUGUUGAUUGUCAUAUCCUUCAUGAAUGGUUUCUGUAUUGUUGCAUCGUCAUUUUCGCAAACCUACGAAUGGUUUAUGUUGUUUCGAUUUCUAAAUGGAGCGGCGCUUGGCGGUAGUGGUCCAGUUAUUUGGUCAUAUUUUGCUGAGUUCCAACCGAAAUCGAAACGUGGCUCCAUGUUAAGUUUCAUGGCUGCUUUCUGGACAUUUGGUAAUCUCUUUGUUGCUGGGUUGGCUUGGCUGAUAAUUCCUACCAAAAUUGGCUUCAUCACUCCUCUAUUAACCUACAACUCAUGGCGUAUUUUCUUGAUGGUCUGUUCCAUACCAUCUUUCAUUGUAGCAUUCCUACUUUUUUAUUUGCCUGAAUCUCCAAAAUUCUUAUUAACCAAAGGUAAACAUGAUAAAGCUAUGGCUAUUUUCCGUGGCAUUUUCGUUACAAAUACCAAAAAAGCACCCGAAUUAUAUCCUGUAUCAGAAUUGGACAUUGACGAGAAAUUAUUGGCUGAAAUUAAAGAAAAUCAAAGUAACGUGAAAAGCAAAUAUAGUAAAAUGAUGAGCGGCAUGGCAAAUCACAGUAAACAGUUAUUUUCAUCGCCCAUACUUAAGUUUACGCUUAUUUCUAUUAUAAUCAACUUCACAUUCCACAUUGGUUAUUAUGGUCUUAUGAUGUGGUUCCCCGAACUGUUCAAUCGUUUCGAAGAGUACAGCUCAACAUUCCCUGAUAAACGUGCCGGUGUCUGUACUGUAACCGAUUAUGUGGUCAAUAUAGCACAUCAUGAAAAUGCAGUAUGUUCAUCACACAUUCCAUCAUCAGUUUUCAUGGAAUCGCUGAUAUCUUUAGCAUCAGCUCUGCCAGCUAAUUUAAUAGCUAUUUUGGGUAUGGACUUGCUUGGUCGUAAAUUCUUCUUAAUUUUCGGUACAAUGACGGCUGGUGUCUGUUCUGCUGCUAUGUACUUCGUCUUUAAUUCCACACAGAAUUUAAUUGUUUCCGCUGUAUUCAGUGGUGCGAUUUCUGCAGCCAAUGCUGCGCUGGAUUGUUUGAUUACCGAAGUAUUUCCAACACAUUUACGUGCUACAGGUGUUGCUAUUUCCAUGGUGGCAGCACGUCUUGGUGGUAUUAUUGGUAACAUUGUGAUUGCUACAUUGCUGGAUCAAUAUUGUCCAGCGCCAACAUUCAUUGUCGCGGCUCUGUUGAUCGGAGGUGGCCUUAUGUGUCUGUUCUUGCCCAACACCACGAAAAAAGAAUUAAAAUAAGAAAUUGCAAUGUAGAUAAGAAAACUAAUAUAAGAUGGAACGACCACUUGUUUCGUUAGGAUUGUUGUAAAUUAUAGUAAUAAAGAAAAUAACAAAUACAAAUAUUAAUAUAAAA